AACUUGGGGGGCAACCUGUCUACCAACGCGGACCCGCUUUCCUGAAAGUCAUGAUUUCGUGUUUAAAGGCAAUUUCUGAUUGUUUCACAGAAGCAAUUCGUAUGGAAAGCUUUCAGGAGCCAAGUGGGCCUUUCUGUUUGUCGGUUUUUGAUGACACAGUUUUCAGUGACCCGAUUUUAUUUCCCAAGCAGUCCCUCCCUAAGAAGACAUCCUCUGAGCCCAGGGAGGAACGGGGAGCUACGCACUCUUGCCCUUCAGCCGGCGGAGCCAUGGGGCUUGCCAGUGGAUUUCCCAACCAAAUCUAGAUGAAAUGUCUCCACGCAGGCCACCGCUGACUGUCGUUGGUAGACUCCUGAGAAAAUCUGUGUAAUGCUUUCUGCCCCUCGUGUUUCGGCAUGUUGAAAGUAAAGCAGAACCUGGGACCAGGAAGGCUGGAGGCGCAUGCAGGGCCGACCUCUGCGAAGCUCCCGGGGCGGUUCCUCCGUGUGACAAAGCAGUACCUCCCGCACGUGGCACGCCUCUGCCUGAUCAGCACCUUCCUGGAGGAUGGCAUCCGCAUGUGGUUCCAGUGGGGCGAGCAGCGCGACUACAUCGACAGCACCUGGGGCUGCGGCUACCUGCUAGCCUCCUCCUUCGUGUUCCUCAACCUGCUGGGGCAGCUGACUGGCUGCGUCCUGGUGCUCUACGCCUGUUUCGGGCUCUUUGGAAUCAUAGCGCUGCAGACGAUUGCAUACAGCAUCUUAUGGGACUUGAAGUUUCUGAUGAGGAACCUGGCCCUGGGAGGAGGCUUAUUGCUGCUGUUGGCUGAGUCACGCUCUGAAGGCAAGAGCAUGUUCGCUGGUGUCCCCACUAUGCGCGAGAGCUCCCCCAAACAGUACAUGCAGCUUGGUGGCAGGGUCCUGCUGGUUCUGAUGUUUAUGACGCUCCUUCACUUCGACGCCAGCUUCUUCUCUGUUGUCCAGAACAUUGUGGGCACGGCACUCAUGGUCUUGGUGGCCAUUGGCUUUAAGACCAAGCUGGCGGCCCUGACCCUGGUCGUCUGGCUGUUCGCCAUCAACGUGUACUUCAACGCCUUCUGGACCAUCCCUGUGUACAAGCCUAUGCACGAUUUCCUCAAGUACGACUUCUUCCAGACCAUGUCGGUCAUCGGAGGCCUGCUGCUGGUGGUGGCCCUGGGCCCUGGCGGUGUCUCCAUGGAUGAGAAGAAGAAGGAGUGGUAA